AUGAAGUCCUUCGUCGUUCUCGCUGCCCUCUCCGUCCUGGCCGCUGCCAACCCCCUCCCACGCACAGUCAAGGACAUGACCUUCUACCGCGAAGCUCACUGCAUUGUCAAAUCGCCGCAAUGCGUCGCCCUGCACACCGGCUGCGAGUUUAGGGCGCACAACGGCGAGUACGGCAGCAGCGCGGAGUGCAUCAAGAAUAAGGACCCGAAAUGCAUCGCCAAAGAGGGGUCCCGGUGCGGACAGACGGUCAAGAAGUGCUACGGCAUGCACUACGGGGGGGCGGACAACUCGCACAGUCGGCCCGCCCUGGACGACGCCAUGUGGGAGUGCAUCAGCCAGAAGGGCAGACGCAACCCCGUCGUGAAGGGGCCUGGAGAAGCGCCGGGCGACCAGGUGCAGCCGCCGGUAACGGCGACGCGGACCGGCCGGCGGCGGCGGCCUGGAAAAGGCAGGAAAUGCCAGUGCCCGACGGGCUCCGACUCCGACUCCGGCUCCGGCGCGGACGCGUGGUGA